AUGGUACACCCAAUGGCUGUAGGUGUGGAGGAUGGCACCGAUGUGUCAGACCAACGACGAUCCAAAUGCCCAUGCUAUACUUCUGGUAGUUCGUGCUCCGCGGACAGAUGUAAAUGCAAGGGCUGCGGGAACUCGUUUGGCAAAAGAACGGCGGGCAAGAAAGAUGUAAAAAAAAAAAAGAGGUCCACCAAAUGUAAGUCCAGUCCUUCGCCAUUGAAAAGGAAACGCACCAUGGAUUUCUUGAAGGAAAGCAACUCCUUCGUCAGUCUGGGCUCCUGGACAAACAUAGAAACAUGCCUUUUGGACGCUGUAGAAUCUUUCCUGCAUUGUACUUGCUUUCUUCCUACUAAGGAAAAUUUAACCCAUUCAUACAAUCAUGUUGUCAACUCGCGCUUAGCUCGGCAGCUCCAAUUACAUGUUAGUGAAAAGACGAAAAAGCAAGUGGAGGGAAAGUUGAACCUUGAAAAAAAUAAAUGCAUGGCAGCGCGUAAUCUUGCUUACGGG